AUGUCGCAGGAGAGGCUAUUCGGCAGCUCAGUGGGCCACUCAAGGUCGCGUCUGUUUUCCAGCGAUGCUCCUGAUGUGCUUGGCCUUGAGAGCGGGUGCGCGAGCCCGAAAAAUGUUGCUUCGGUAGAAUGCAUGCAAUAUACCAAUAGGGACGAUGCCGUGGAGAGGCGCCGCAGCCGCUUCCACAUCACCCCGAGGGCGACUGCGAUCCGCCGCUCCGCCAACAGCCGGGGCGGCAUGCAGUCGGCGCCGAUGAAGCAACACAACACAGUGGACUUUGCGUGCAAUGUGGGGAACGAGCUGUCAGAGGGUUGGUUGCCAGCGCCGUGGUGUCAUGCGUUUCCAGGGGAUGAGCUGAAGCGCAUCAAUUCGUGCUACACGUCCAAGAGCUGCUGUCAGUGGCAGUACACGAACCGUGAUAUCGAGUUGCCGAAACUGUUGCAAUUCGAUUUUCACCUGUUGGAGGAGCACGAGAGCAGCGGUGAGGAUUUGCGUGACUUUGAGGAGUUGUCUGGUGUUCUGGGGCACAUUGCCGGUAACAAAAUGGUUUCGGUGCAGCCCCAGGUGCUAUGUUCCGCCACGAGUACCCACCCUACCAUGAAAAUCGGUAUGGUUCUGAGUGGCGGCCCCGCCCCCGGUGGCCAUAACGUUAUCGCCGGUGUCUUCGACUAUUUGUACCUGCGCAACACGCAGUCCCAACUUAUAGGGUUCCAUGGCGGUCUGGACGGUUUUCUGAAUCGCCAGCACGAGAUCGUUUCUUAUGACUUGAUGGAAAAGUUCCGCAACAUGGGUGGUUUCAACAUGCUGCUGUCCGGUCGCGGCAAGGUGACCGGCAUGGCUGACCUCGACCGUGCCGUCGAGGCCGUCAACGACCUGGAUUUGGACGGUUUGAUUAUCGUAGGUGGUGACGGCUCGAACAGCAACGCCGCGCUGCUCGCCAACCACUUCGCGUGGCGCCAGUCUGCUGACAUCGAUGACGGUCACCCGGUGCUGCGCAAGCCCUGCUGCGUGGUCGGCGUCCCGAAAACUGUGGACGGCGACGUGCAAUCGCACAACAUCGAGGUGAGCUUCGGGUUCGACACCGCUGCGCGCACGUACUCCGAGCUCAUUGGCAACCUGUGCACCGACGCCAGCAGCACUCAGUACACUUACCAUUUCAUUCGCGUCAUGGGUCGUUCCGCGUCCCAUUUGGCCUUGGAGUGCGGUAUGCAGACGCACCCGAACGUAGUUCUGAUUGGGGAGGAGGUCCGCCGAAAGCAGCAGUCUCUUUCCUCCAUCGUCGACGACAUCGUGAACCUGAUGGAAAAGCGUUACCACAUGGGCAAGCCGUACGGCGUGGUGCUGAUUCCCGAGGGCCUCAUCGAGUUCAUCCCCGAGAUCAACGUUCUGAUCACCGAGUUGAACGAGAUCAUCCUAAAAUCGGAGGGCCCUGUCACCCACCUCGCGCCUGAGAGGCUGACUAAGAGCCGCGCCACCUGGGAAGCGCUGCCGGACAACAUCCGCGAGCAGCUGCUGAUGGACCGUGAAGCCACGGGCUACGUGAUGCUGGCCAAGAUAGCCACUGAGCGUCUGCUGCUGAUGCUGGUGGAAGCGAGGAUCGCGCAGCGUAAGCUGGAGCACUUGGCCUCUUUGACCUUCAUGACCCACUACUUCGGCUACGAAGGCCGCUGUGCCAUGCCGUCGGACUUCGACGGCGCGUACUGCUACUCCCUGGGUUACAACGCCGGUGUGCUCAUCAACGCCCAACGCAACGGCUACAUGUCCGUCAUUAGGGACCUCAAGUCCCCUAUAUCCGAUUGGACGCCGCUGGGUGUACCGUUUUUGCACCUCAUGCAGAUGAUCGACCUGGGAGGUCGCCGCGUGCCGGCGAUUCGCAAGACCCUGCUCAACCUCGACGGCAACCUUUUCAAGGUAUUCGAAAAGGUGCGUGACACUUGGGCGUACGAGGAUCUCUAUCGGUCUCCCGGCCCGAUUCAGCUCUUUGACAGCGACAGCGAGCGGUGCUUCUGCAUUGCCGACCCCACUGUGGAGGACCUGGUGGGCAAGCCCAAGUCCGCCGCUGACUCAAAGUCCCGUUUCCUCCUGCAGCGCCACAUCGACUGCAUGAGUCCGCUUCAGCGCAACCGCUUGGGUGUGCGGCCUCCGAUCCCGACGCUGUGCAGCGACAAGCGUGCGCGCAUGAAGAUGUUCAAGCAGGUUCUGAGCAACGACCCCUACACGCGCAACCAGGUGGCGCUCAACUACCCGUACAUGAUCCGUCGCUGCCACUUCAACCUGUACGAGGUUGUGAGCCAGUACCCGGAGGUGGAGCUGAACCAGGAGGAUGUGAACGUCCCCAUGAAAGUCGGCGUGGUUGUCCUGACCAAGCAGGCGCCCGGCGUGUUGAACGUAAUAUGGGGUCUCUAUGAGCGCCUGGCUCUUCGCGGCAGCAGCUGCGUGGCCUUCAAUGGCGCGCGCGGUUUGGUCGAGGGUGACUACAUUGAGCUGUCGGCUGGCGACUUCGAUCUCUUCCGCAACCAAGGUGGACUCGAGUUGGUCCACCGUUCUCGCGUGCACUACUUCCACGACCCCGAAAAUUGGGGUUUGGCGCUGAAGACCUGCACGUCUCUGGGCCUGGAUGGCCUGGUGAUACUGGGCGACGAAUCUGCGAUGACGCAGGCCGCCCUGUUGACCGAGUAUUUCUUGAGCAAGAAUAGCAAUAUUUGCGUUGUCGGUGUACCCGUCGCAGGCUCAAAUGGCCUGGCGGGCCCGCUAAUUGAGAGCUGCGUUGGAUUUGACUCCAACGCGCAAUUGUACGCCGCUCUGGUCGGGAACGUUCUGACAGACGCCGUUAGCAUGCCGAAAUAUUGGCAUUUUGUAAAGAUUCUGGGUCGCUACCCCAGUUUGGAAGUGCUGGAAUGCGCGCUGCAAACCCACCCCAACUUUAUCAUCAUUGCUGAGGAGUAUGGCUCAGCCGACAAGACCCUGUUCGACGUUGUGCGUGACAUUGCCGACGCCGUGUGCAAGCGUGCCGUGAUGGGAAAGAACUACGGUACGGUGCUGAUCCCCGAUCAUUUGGUUUUGCACCUCCCCAACACCAAAUCCAUGCUCACGGAGCUGCGCGCGGUGCUGAUGGAGGCCACCGCUGCUGGCAAGCGCCGCGAGGCCGUUGACAGCUUCUUGAACUACAGCAAGGGUAAUGACAAUGGCAACGAGUGGGUGCACAAGAUGACCCCGUGGAGCCUUGGCGUGUUCACGUCGCUGCCAACGUACAUUCGCAGCGAGUUGCUGAACUUCGACACCGAGGUGGCGUUGGAGCGCCUGGACAUUGAGAUUAUGUUGGCGAAGAUGGUGAAGGAAGAGCUGAACGUGCGCAAAGCGAAGGGCGAGUACCGCGGCAACUACGCCGCUGUCACGCAUUACUUCGGUUACCAGGGGCGGUGCUGCAUGCCGUCCGAGUUCGACUGCAGCCUUGCGUUCGCCUACGGUCACCUGGCUGCCAUCUCCGUGGAGAGCCGUUUGACUGGCGUUUGCUGCUCUAUCCGCGGCCUGUGCGGCACGGUCAAGGACUGGAAGCUGUUCGCCGUCCCGCUGACCAGCCUGAUGAAGGUCGAGCCUAACAUUUUGACAGCGCUGUCGCUGAACUCGUACAAGAAGGGUGAGCUGCCCAUUAUUCCCAGCUCGACGGUUAGUCUGAAGAGCAAGGCGUUCAAAAAGCUCACGAUGGCCCGUAAGAAGUGGCUGUUCGAUGACCUGUUCAGCAACCCCGGCCCCAUCCAGUUCAACGGCUCCGUGACCCCGCAGAGCCUGGUUCUGCUCACGGAGCACGCCGAGUACUACCAGAUGCUGAGGGGCGUCGAGCGCUUCGUUCACGUGUUGCAGAACACAUGCAAGUUUGGCGUGAGCGAGGAGUACCUGAACCAUGCCUUCGUGCAGCUCUGGGGCCUGCUGAGGGUCAAUCAGGCGCCCGGCGACCUGGUGGGCCUGGCCGAUACGAUAAAGUCCGACGACGACUUGCCUCCUACGACCUCCGUCACCCCUUCUUCACUAAACUCUUUUAUUUAA